AUGGUGGUCGGCCUCGGCGAGGACCUAUCGUGGGACGCCGUGCACUCCAAGGCGGCGCGCCACCUGCUGGAGCGCGAGAAUUUCUUCCAGAGAAUCUGGCGGAGGAAGGGAGUCUGGCCGCACCUGGGCGCCGAAGCCGUCGGCUUCUUCUCGCGUGGCAUACUUGCCUUAGCGCAGGCAGACUUCGAGCAGCAGGUCGACCGCAUCCUGAGUAUCUCCUCCGAUGCUGAGGCCAAGCAUGAGAAGGCCGUGAUGCAGAGCUGGAGGCAGUGGGCGCAGGCAGCUUUUGCGGCUGGAGCCAAGGGAGCUCACCGAUUCAUGAAGCCCAAGGCUCUCCAGGAGAUCGUGGACGGAGGCAAUGGGCUACAACAUGGGUACGUACUGGCUGAUCGUAAGCGUGAGUAUUGGGAAAGCUUCUGGGUGCGGCAUGGCGGUGAGCUGGCUCGCCGACCUGUUGAUGCUGACACUUGGGAGCAGCUGCCAAGGCUUGAGGCGGGCGACGUACUCAAGGCAAUCCGUUGUUUCUCUUGGCAGACAGGCGUCGGGCAGAUCAACAUCGCGCCCAGGGCCAUGGAGCACCUCUCCCACGGGGCGCUGACGGUUCAGCCCAAGGACUUGGUGGACGACGUCGCGCUGUGCUGGGUCGGCAACGACCCGAGCGGGGUGCGAGAAAUGGCCAUUGCCACUCGUGCUUUCUGCAGGGCUGUCCGGCCCCCCGGGCUGGUGCUGCAGAUGGAUAAGUCUGGGCACCUUACGACGUCCAGGCGCACCAGCUACCACUUUCAGAAGUACGCCAGGCUGCUGAAGAUCGCUGGCAAGAGGCACAUGCGGUAUCUUGGCCACGACCUAGCUGGGUCGUCGGCCACAAGGGCCGUGCAGAAGGGACGCCUGAAGGCCAUGCACGGAAAGAAGGCCAGCGUUCGAGCACUGCAGAAGGGAGCAGGACGACAGCGGGCGGCUCGGCUCUGGGCCACGGGUGUGCUGCCAUCCGUGGGGCACGGAGCCACGGUCAGCGGCAUCAGCGACACGGAGCUGCAGCAGAUGAGGACCAUGGCUGGCGUCUUCUGUGGCUACAAAGGGUCGGGCUCCCUGACGCUGUACCUGGCCGCGCAGCAGUGGAGCUUCGACCCCAUAUUCCACACUACCUUCAGCAUCGUGGGGCAGCACGCGGCGUGGGUGUGGGAUGGGCGUGUGACGCUCUCCCGACUGCAGCGGGCCUGGAUGGGCUUGCGUGACUCCUGGGAAGCCCGCCACACUCACGUCACGUGGGCCAGUGCGCAGGGCCCGCUUUCGGCCUUGUGGUUGUCCCUCAGGAGAGUCAACUGGAACAUGGCAAGUUCUACAAUCUUGGUUGACGAUGAGGGCCUGCAUAUCAGUUUGCUGCAGUAUUGUCCCAGUGAGGUGCUGUUUUUCCUGCGUCGCAGCCUCGACCGUUGGCAGAGCCAUCGUAUCCUCGACCAGCUGCCUGAGGCGCCCCCAGCCGAUGGUGACGGCAGGCGGCAGCAGCAUGUGUGGCUUCGUGCGCUUCGACUGGGACACGCCUCCUUGGCGCCUGGCCACAGAGGGGCUCUGGCCAAGCUGCAGUCCAACGGGUUCUGGUCGCCGCAGCGCCGCAUGCAGGUUGGCUACGGCGGCGACGGUUCGUGCGAGUUCUGCGGGGGGGCCUGCUGCGACCUCGAGCAUGAGAUCUUCGGCUGCACGGUAUUGCAUCAGCAGCAGGAGGACGAGGAGACGGAGCCGUACCCCGAAGAGGUGGCCAAGAGGAGGAAGGACAUCCUGGAGGCAGCCCCGUGGCGCGACGGGGGCCAGGUGCAGGACUUCUCGGCCGUCGACGUGCUCUACGCGCUGCCCCUGAGGCCUGCUUUCAGGCCGCUGCCUGCACGUGCUCAGGCUGAGCGCGAGUGGGGGGCGAUCGACAUGCCGUGGCCGUCGAAGUUGCACGGGGACGGGUCCUGUCUUGAAAGUGAUUUCCCUGAGGAACGGCGCUGUGGCUGGGCCGUCGUAGCAUUGACCCGAGACCUGUGGCCAUACAAAGCUUUUUUCGGGAGCCUGGGGGGCCCUAUCCAGACGGUGCCCAGGGCCGAGCGCGUUGCUGGUCUCAAGGCCCUGCAGAGGGCCCAGAGGCCAGCCACGUACGUGACUGAUCAUUUACAGCUGCAGGUCGAGGGAAUGGCCUGGGAGGGUCGUCAUGCUUCUGCCAGAGCGCCCCACGCGUCCAUCUGGCGGAGCAUCCACGAGCUGUAUAGAGGCGACCCUGUCAGGGGCCUGCAUCCCAAGACGGGCGAGCCCCUCGAGCCGCUCGUCUUCUCGGAGCUCGGGGGGCCUGCGAUGCCGCAGCAGGCGCCCGAGCCCGAGGCACCUGACUAG